AUGUCGAUGCUCAUUCGAACCGGAACUAUCAUUCGGAAACCUACCCGGAAGUCUUCAGUGCGCCGGACUCGGUCGGCUGGAAGUGCCAUUCCCGGAAGUCACCAUCGCGGACUUGAAAAGAGCGAUCAACGCAUAACCACAUAUUCCGUGCCUACCUCUCCUGUUGCCAAGAUACAGAAACAGUUGUGUACAGAACAAAGCCUUAACAAUUCACCAGCUAAAGCGAGUGUGACCACCACCACGUCCACCAUUGUGUCAUACGAUGACAGCCGAUUCACUUACAAGACAUGCAUUGACAGAACGCUCUCUUGCGAGACCGGAACCGGAAACCAAGACACGGUUGCCCAGAUACAGGAAGCCAGCAGCGAUGCAGAAAAUAUCUGCGACUUCCUGUGUACUACGUCAGAAAUUGUGUGCAGCAGUGGUAAGUAUUGUCACUUUUUCGUUGUAAUCAAUCAGAAUGUGUGCUCUUGUGUGUGUGUGUGUGUGCGAGAGCGAGAGAGAGAGAGAGUGAGAGAGAGAGGGAGACAAAGUAAGAGAGAGUGUGUGUGUGUGUGA